GGAGGGAUUUGGUCAAUCAGAGUUUCAGACUCUCGUCAAGCUUGCGGAGCUUUGACAUGCUAAUAUGCUAAUCCGGGCACAUGUAUCGGGUGAAGGGGGAGAAACAAAACAUGAGAAACAAUGGGAAUAAAUUCGCAGUGAACGAGAGGACGCUACAUUGACCGAUGGGAAGCUGAGGAGGAAGUUUUAAAACUUUUUAAACACGCUGUGUGCGCUUCGCAGCUAGCCCCUCAACGGCCAGAGCUGCUAGCAGUUUGAGAACUUUCUGAAGCCGCCCAGGAGUUAGACGGACCCUUUCUGGAGCUCUCGGCAGGAGCAGAACGAGUGCAGGAAUUAGACUUGACUCAUGAGCGUGGAGGUGUGAAUCGCUCCCCGGUCCUGUCGACCCUGUUCCGGAUGGCUGAGGAACGUGAGCCGCGGGGAGCGGCAGAGAUGAUCAAAGACCGUCUGUACUUCGCCACGUUACGCAGCAAACCCAAAAGCACCGUCAACACCCACUACUUCUGCACCGACGACGAGUUUGUCUAUGAGAAUUUCUACGCAGACUUCGGGCCGCUGAACCUGGCCAUGCUGUACCGAUACUGCUGCAAGCUCAACAAGAAGCUGAAGUCGUUCACGCUGACCAGGAAGAGAAUCGUUCACUACACCAGCUUCGACCAGAGGAAGCGCGCCAACGCCGCGGUGCUGAUCGGCGGCUACGCCGUGAUUUACCUGAAGAAGACUCCAGAGGAAGCCUUCAGAGCGCUGAACUCCGGCUCCAACGCCGCCUACCUGCCCUUCAGGGACGCCUCCUUUGGGAAUUGCACCUACAACCUCACAGUGCUGGACUGUCUGCAGGGAAUCAGGAAGGCUUUGCAGCACGGCUUCUUUGACUUUGAGACGUUUGAUGUGGACGAAUACGAACAUUACGAGCGCGUCGAGAACGGAGACCUGAACUGGAUCGUCCCGGGAAAGUUUCUGGCCUUCAGCGGACCGCAUCCCAAAUCCAGGAUAGAAAACGGUUACCCUCUGCACGCGCCUGAGGCUUACUUCCCCUACUUCAGGAAGCACGGCGUGACCACCAUCAUCCGCCUGAACAAGAAGAUCUACGACGGAAAGCGCUUCACCAACGCCGGCUUCGACCACUACGACCUCUUCUUCAUCGACGGCAGCACACCCAACGACACCAUCGUACGGCGCUUCCUGCACGUCUGUGAGACCGCGCAAGGAGCCGUGGCCGUCCACUGCAAGGCUGGUCUGGGCAGAACCGGCACUCUGAUUGGCUGCUACCUGAUGAAACACUACCGCUUCACCGCCGCCGAGGCCAUCGCCUGGAUCCGGAUCUGCAGGCCCGGUUCCAUCAUCGGGCCGCAGCAGAACUUCCUGGAAGACAAGCAGGCGUCUCUGUGGCUGCAAAGCCCGCACACUCUGAAGGGAAGACCUGAGGACAACACGACGCAUCUCAUCAACGGCCUGGACGAGCUGUCGCUAGGCUCCGCCCACAACUUCCUCCGACCGGCGAGCGCCGACCAUCUGCAGGAGGACUUUUCUGUCAGGCAAAAGUUUCAGUCACCCGCAGACAUCCUCAUUGAACUCUGUGACUCGAGGCAGUUGAGGCUACUGGGUGACAUUACAGACGGUUCGGGUCUGACGCAGGGCGACAAACUCCGAGCCCUGAAGAGCCGCCGCCACCCUCGCCCGUCUGUGAGCGGAGGAGCUGUGAGGUUUGAGGAGGCAAAGACCCACCAUCGGCCCAGCUCACCGGCGCUCCGGUUAUCCAAAGGGAGAAGUCAAAGUCCCGCCUCGAUCCUCAAGCCCUCCAAACUCCCAGCAACCUCUGCUUCUCCUGCUGCCAAGAGGAUCGGGAGGAACUCGUUAUCGCCGAUGUCAAACAUCCGAAGCUCGGCCUUCGGCUCGCGCUUGGCCAGCUCCCUCGGAGAUCUCUACACCGCCGGCGCCGAGGAGGACGAGAAGACUCCCUUCUCCUCUUUCCCUCCCUCCUCUUCCUCCUCUGUCUCUGUAAGCCCCGCCCCCUCGCCCCCUUCGCCCAGCUACAGCGGCGGGCCUCGCGGCGCGCAGCACGAGGUCAACAACAACAGUACCUUAUAUGGCGUUUCCACGGCGCCCCCUGCGGUCAAGAGUUAUAUGAGGCCACAGCAUCAGGACGUCAGUGCCUUCAGGGGCCACGGGCCCUCCAGCGCCAUGAAGGGCCCCUCAGGACGUUACCUGAGCCGCUCCAUACCUCUCUUCUCUAAGCGUGUUGAUCAGGGGAGCCGAGGGUUUUCUCUGCAUCGGGAAACUUUAGCUUCCCUAACGGCCAGAGCUGCUGCUGAGACGAGGAAACGCUUCCACAAAGUCUGAGGCUGAGCAAUGAGGCACCACAUUCUCUUCAGUCGGAAUACAUCCAGUACUAGAACCGGCGGCCCGGCCCGAGGCCUGACCUGAGGGUCCAGAACCGGGCCCUUCUCUGACUGCGCCAGCUUUGAAUCGGGAACCCGAAUAAACCGGCGAGAGCUGGACUCUGGACUCAGA